GUUUAAAAAGCAUUAUUUCCAUAUAAUUAUUAUGGAUAAUUUUGACGAUUCCUCUGAAACUGAGUUUGUUGAUUGUAACAACAUUAAUCACAACGGAUUCGAUUCUCUUUUAAAUGGAUUAGAUCCAAACCUCGGAAUGCUUGCUGACAAUGAUUUAGAACAAUUUCUUGGUUCUUCGGUUUCUUCUCCUUUAAAUUUUGAUUUGGAUGAUUUAUAUGGACGUGUGGAAGAAGAACAAAAUUGGCAACAAAAAUAUACUUCCCAAGAUCACGAUCAUUGUUACUUUGAAAUGCCCUCUUUUUGUGGUUCCCCAGAUUCGGGGCUUUCCUCAAAUGUUACAUCAAAUGAAAGUUCUGGAUGUACAAGCAUUCGAAAUAGUUGUGGAUAUGAAACAGACUCUACAUUAACUUUAAAUCCAAAUUUGGAUGUUCCUGUUGAUUUUCAACUAAAAGAAUCAUCAAAAUCAGCAUUUUAUGUUGAUACUGAUGGAACUUUAAUGGAAUAUACAGAAUACCAAACUGAAGCAAUUAACAAUUUACCGAAAAGUUCAGAUAAACAAAACUCAAAACAAAAUAAACAAUUUAAUGGUAAUUUGGAGAAUAAUAAGGGAUAUCGUGAUAAAAAUGAAAUAGAGUUUGAAAAUGAAUAUUUGGAUGCUUUAAGUGAAGUAAAGCCAGUAAUGUCUAAUAAACGUGGACGACAUCAAGGGCUGGUGUUGACUGAGGAGGAAAGAAAAUUAUGUAAAAAAGAAGGUAUCAAUUUGCCCGAUGUUUAUCCUCUCACAAAAGCUGAAGAACGGGAAUUAAAAAGAAUUAGACGUAAAAUUAGAAAUAAAAAAUCGGCACAAACAAGUAGAAGGCGAAAACAGGCAAACAAAAAUUUUAAAAUAUUUUUUUAA